CCCUCAUUCCCACCAACUUUGAACAAAAAAUGAAGCCUUUAACCAACGACCCCCGCACCACCGUUCCACAGACCGGCAACUCUCUCGAGUGGGCGCUUGACCAACAGCAGCAAUUACUGCAAGACCUAACCGGCGAGCUCACUGGAAAGCCAUCCUCCUCGUCGACGGGCUCUAACAGCCCUCCUUUUAGCAUGGCUUCUACUUCUCCUCUAGAGUUGAGGGACUCACCGAACAGGCACAACAAUAGUUAUAACAAUGUUCAUCUAGUCGGGGGUCACAGACGUCAAAACUCGGCUUCUAGGAAUCAACCCUCUUCUGGGGACUCGUACCCUCCUUAUAGCCAAUCUACUACACCACGCUCUAGAUCCUUCGACCCCCGAGUAGGGCAUCCCUAUGCCUAUCCUUUAACCGUCUCGGCCUCCGGGUUGCAUGGGUACGCUCCUCGUCGACGAAGGACUCCCCAGUCGGAUAUCAUGUCGCAAGAAGAGCGACUUGAGAGUUUGUGGAGUGCGUAUGGAGUCGGGGGAUCUUCGCACUUGGGUGCUGGUCUCACUACUCAAAUGGAGUCUACAAAUUUGUCCGGGGACGACUGGCACGGCGACUUCCCGAGCAGUGUCCCUUUUGACGGGGAUAUUGACGCAAGUUACUACGAUCACUUUACCGUCGAUCCCCGUCUGCGACAACCCUUUGACGUUCACCAGCCGUUUAUGGACUCUUUGUUUCGUAGCCAGGAUGACCAUCUUCACGGCAUGGACUCGGUGAUGAUUGAUGAAAUAAACGAACCUCCAGAAGACUCACCCGCCAAUUCUGAAGAGAACCGAGAUACCACCCUCGAGGUCAGCUCUGCGCGAAGAUCCACCUCGGCCGACUCCAACACCACCGCCGCCCCAGCCACCUCUCAAACAAAAGUCGAGGAUGACAAAGAAGAAGAGGACAAGGAUGCCGCGGCUGACGAUGGGGAACAAGAUGGCGAUGAUAAAACUCAGACGAACAAGCCGUCGGCCAAUAACUUUGUGAAUAAGCUGCAUACGAUGAUUAGCGACCCGGGAGCUGCCGACUUUAUCUGGUGGACCGAAUUGGGUACCAGUGCCGGAGAGUUUAGCAGGUCGAUACUAGGGCAACAUUUCAAGCACAACAAUGUAAUGUCUCCAUCAUGCACCCCACUGAUGGAGAAAUUGUUUCUAACAAUUCCAAAGACUCCCCGAAAUCAAAAAGGUGUACAACCAGACGCUCAAAAAUGGGAAUUCUCCCAUCCAAAAUUCCUCCGUGGUCGACAGGAUCUACUCGAUGACAUCAAGAGGAAACCAGUAGAACCAGACCCUGCCAGUGCCCGACAACGUGUAGAACUGCCAUCCGAGGUUGCAGCCAAGCUUAGACAAAUGUCUGAAGAACACGAAGAAGUUGUAAAAGCUCUUCAUGUAGAGCGUACAAGAGUGGCCCAAUUGGCCACAAUCGUCAAAGUACUUUACGAUCGAUUAUCUUUAUCAGCACCCCGUAAGCAAAAUGCAAUGGACAUCUCUGGGGAUAGUCUCGUUCCUUCUAGAAACCCAUCUGCGUCAUCUAUCGGUGCCUUGAGAGGUCGUUUACCUCCAGCGCAACCCCCGACGUCGACACGGAAUGGCAGAAGAACGCGCAGUGAUCUCGAGGGCAACAUGAGUAAUAUCGCCAAUAACCCAUCUAUCGCAAGUGCAUAUCGUCAAGACUCAUCACAAGGCAAUGCAACAACGGUGAUCAAUAACCUCGCCUUUGGAGGUCAAUCACUAAAUCAGGAAUCGGCAUCAAUGUUACCGCUUUCAGGACAGACACGAAAUGAAAUCAGCGCUUUCAUACGAUGA